GUGCUUUAGCGCGACCAAUUUAUGUAGGGCUGGGAAUUAAACCCAAAGGCUUUGCGCACUCUAGGCAAACACCUCACCUUCAUCCCUGGGCUAGUAAGCUCUUUUAAAAGGUACUUAGCUUCAUGAUGCCCAGUGAAGAGACUAGAGGCCCAAGUGGUUCUCUCUGCAUGCGUCAACUCUGGGUUCGUCUCCAGCGCUGGCUUGAGUCAGUUCCAAAGAGGGGCCCCAGGAGGGAGUGACACACUAGGCCCUUGCCACUGGGUACUCACUCCAGCUUCUGGAGUCCGCCAUCGGCCCCACCUCUCUAGCAAGGCCCCGCCCCUGGGCGCGCGGACACAUCCUCUACGUACGUGGCCCCACCCCUUUCAGCCGCACGCACCCGCGUUUCUUGUCUGGCGCCACGGUGAAUUUAUAGUUAGGUCAGGGUCGCGUGACUGCCGAAGGCUGUGGAAAGGUACCGCCUAGAGGGGGGGGAUGCAGAUUCCCGACUCUGCUCCGCCCCGGUCUUUCCGGUCACGUGCUUCACGGAGCAGCUGCUGGGCGCGCUAUCGCUAGGCAACGCUCGCACGCUGGGUCCCAGCCGCGGAAGGUCUGGGCUCCGCGGGGCGACAUGGACCAGUAUUGCAUCCUCGGGCGCAUCGGGGAGGGCGCCCACGGCAUCGUCUUCAAAGCCAAGCACGUAGAGACUGGCGAAAUUGUUGCCCUCAAGAAGGUGGCCCUGCGGCGGCUGGAGGAUGGCAUUCCUAACCAGGCCCUCAGGGAAAUCAAGGCUCUGCAGGAGAUCGAGGACAGUCAGUAUGUGGUACAGCUGAAGGCUGUGUUCCCACAUGGUGCAGGCUUCGUGCUGGCUUUCGAGUUUAUGCUGUCUGACCUGGCAGAGGUGGUGCGCCACGCGCAGAGGCCGCUGGCUCCAGCACAGGUCAAGAGCUACCUACAGAUGCUGCUCAAAGGUGUUGCAUUUUGCCAUGCCAACAACAUUGUGCAUCGGGACCUGAAGCCUGCCAACCUGCUCAUCAGUGCCUCAGGCGAGCUCAAGAUAGCUGACUUUGGCCUGGCCCGGGUCUUCUCUCCUGAUGGCGGUCGCCUCUAUACACACCAGGUGGCCACCAGGAGAUCACAGAGCUGCCCGACUACAACAAGAUCUCCUUCAAGGAGCAGGCACCAGUGCCCCUGGAGGAGGUGCUGCCUGAUGCCUCUCCCCAGGCCUUGGAUCUGCUGGGUCAGUUCCUCCUGUACCCUCCACAUCAGCGUAUCUCAGCCUCUCAGGCCCUUCUGCAUCAGUAUUUCUUCACAGCUCCUCUGCCUGCCCAUCCAUCUGAGCUGCCAAUUCCUCAGCGUCCAGGGGGACCUGCACCCAAGGCCCACUCAGGGCCCCCCCACGUCCAUGACUUCCAUGUGGACCGGCCUCUUGAGGAGUCACUGCUGAACCCAGAGCUGAUCCGGCCCUUCAUCCCAGAAGGGUGAGAUGCUGGCCCAGUCCUGCCUGCCUGCCCCGCAGGCCCCAGGAGCACCUGGACAGCCACGGCCUCCUGCGGCUGCGCACAUCACACCUCGUCCGACUCCUUAGCCUGCUUGAGGGCUAGGCUCCAGGAGGCAGAACCAUGAAGAUGUCCAGCCCAGAAGAGAAAGAGACUCAACAUCCUACAGAUAUAGCUUCCAGAAACCACUAUCUGUGUCCUUCUCCAGGGCCUCACCACCUGCCUUAGAGAUGAUUCUUCAGGCGCUGUCUCCUGUCCAAGGACACUGCUAUUACAGCAGCCCCUCAGGGAGGCACAGAGAGUAAGCCACCUUCACCUGGGUACAGAGCUGCGAAGGCAGGCUCGCUUUGGUUUGGUUUUCAGAGCACACUGGGUCAGGCUUUGAGAUUCACAUAAAAGCUCUGGGUGCCUCUGCCUGUGUUUGUACCUUUUCUGUUUCUAGAGGGAAACUGACACAGUGGCCCUCAACUCAGGGGUCAGUCACACAGAGGGCGCUUCCAAGUAAGAGCUGCUCUGGUGCUCAGGGCUUCCUGUGCCACUCACGUGACUUGGGUGUUCACUGGGGAGUGAGGGGCCAGAAGUUCCAGCUCCCAAAGUACACUUUCCACAUGUUGGGUGGGGUGAUCAGUUUUCCUGCAGGAGAGAGUAAGCCUGAGGCUGCUGUGCCUGUGACACAGGCGUUCCUGGGAUUCAUUCAGUAAAUAAACUCCAGUGUAACUCA